CAAGAACACACUUCGGUUGCACGGAUGCUCUCCGGUCGCCGAUCGAUUUAGCAUCUCCCGUCGCGAUCCUUUCCCUCGAUCUACCAAUCGCUUUCUCUUUCUCUUUUUCCCGCCUUGUCUAUCCCUGUCUCGCGGGGUUGCCGGGACACCUUUUCUCCGUCGCGACAUACAGCGUCGCGGAAGUCCCACCGAUCGCUGGGAGUCUCUCGCGUAAAUCUUGGACUCGCGCGAAAGCGCCUGACUUACCUUCGCCCGAGGUCUUCGUCGAGAUGGACCGAGAGGACGAGGACUUUGGCGAGGGCUAUAUCGCGGAGUCACACCCGCUGAGACCGACGCAUCUCUCGGUACCGCUCGGUGGACGUUCGGAUUCGCGCGCGCCCAGCAUCAGCAGCAGCGUCAGCGACCUCGAUGUUCCGAUAUACACCAGAGACACGACCGUGCCGUUGUCGGCGAGGAAGGUGGAUUUUCACUUUCGAUCGCACGUCCGCGAUGACGUAAAUCCAUGGGCGACCGCUACGGUAUCGACCGAGACAGGGGUUCCCAUCGCUCGCACUAGAUACACGUUUCUCAACAACAAACUCACGAACACGUCCAGCUCUCAGGGUCUCAAUGGCCGGCUAGCGUUCGCUAUAGCGGCGGCCGCCCUCGGCUCGUCGUUCCAACAUGGAUACAACACCGGUGUGGUUAAUGCUCCUCAGCAGCUUAUCGAGGACUGGAUCAGAGAGCUGAAGACGAACCGAACGAACACCCUGACGACUCAGUCGGAGGUCACGCUGAUCUGGUCGGUAGCUGUGUCAAUAUUCUGCGUCGGCGGGAUGAUAGGCGGCUCGCUAGUAGGUUGGGUGGCGGACCGCUUCGGCAGGAAGGGCGGUUUGUUGCUGAACAACGUGCUAGUGCUGUUGACCGUGAUCUUCGAGGGUAGCGCCAAGGCGGCCAAGAGCUACGAGAUGAUCAUCUUCGGCAGAUUCAUCAUCGGCAUAAACUCCGGUUUGAACGCCGGUUUGGCGCCGAUGUACUUGGCCGAGAUAUCACCGGUGCACUUGAGAGGCGCCGUCGGCACUGUCUACCAACUGGUCAUCACCAUCUCCAUCCUGGUGUCGCAGAUCCUAGGCUUGGAACAGAUACUCGGCACCGCCGAACAGUGGCCGUUGUUGCUCUGUCUGACGAUCGUACCCGCGAUCUUCCAAGUGUGCACACUGCCUCUCUGUCCAGAGAGUCCCAAGUACUUGCUACUCAGCCGCGGCAAGGACAUGGACGCGCAAAGAGCAUUGACCUGGUUGCGCGGCACCAUCGAGGUUCACGACGAGAUGGAGGAGAUGCGUUCAGAGUACGAAUCGAUGAAGCUGAUACCGAAGGUCACGCUACGCGAGCUGUUCGUGAAUCCAGCGCUGCGGAUUCCGUUGUUCAUCUCCAUCAUGAUCAUGUUCGCCCAACAGUUGUCUGGUAUCAACGCCGUCAUGUUCUUCUCAACGAAGAUCUUCACCAUGGCGCAACUCGACAAGACCGCUGCACAAAACGCCACAAUGGGCGUCGGCGCGAUGAACGUCCUCAUGACCAUCGUUUCCCUGGUGUUGGUCGAGAAAGCAGGCAGGAAGACGCUGCUCCUUGUUGGCUUCGGCGGCAUGUUCCUGGAUACUGCUUUGCUCACUAUUUGUCUCAUAUUUGCUGAAACAUCACGAGUAGCGGCGUAUCUUUCGAUCGUGCUCGUCAUCAUGUUUGUGGUUCUCUUUGCUACUGGUCCCGGAAGUAUUCCAUGGUUCUUGGUAUCCGAGCUUUUCAAUCAAUCCGCCCGACCACCCGCCACUUCGAUCGCCAUCGCCGUAAACUGGACCGCAAACUUCAUCGUCAGCAUCGGUUUCUUGCCGCUGCAGGAGGCGGUAGGCGCCUACGUGUUCAUCAUCUUCGCAGUGUUACAGGCAUUCUUCACGAUCUUCAUAUAUAAGAAAGUGCCGGAAACAAAAAACAAGACCAUGGAGGAGAUUAGCAGUAUGUUUAGGCAGAUAUCGUAUCAGUGAGAACGAACUAAACGAGGUCUCCAAGAGACGAAAUCUGCAUCGGUACCGUUUGAGCGAUGGGUGUACGUUCCUCUGUCUAUCUUUGUCUCUCUGUCUGUUUAUCUCUCUGUCUGUCUUUGUCUCUCUGCACUUUCGGCGAGGAACUCAGCAGCUCAGCGAAAAUGGCGUUAUUGUAACGGUCUAUCAACGCGCUUCCACGCAUUUCGAUCACACGCUGUAUCGGAGUUCACCGAAUAAGCAUCUGAAGAUGAACAUUCAUCCACGAGAAAACGCGCGAUCACGUCGUGAUAUAGCCGACACAGCAGUGCCAACUAGGAAUUCGGAAAUUUUAACCUUUCACUUUGUUUUAGCCUUUUACUUUUUAUCUUAUUCUUUUUUAAUUGAGAAACUCAAGGGAGACUCUGUCGCGAAAGCUUCGUGUCGAGCGAGUUAGCGUCGGAUCGCGCAAACUUAAUCCAUUCAGUUCCUAUUAUAUCGAAUGCGAAGAGACAUCGCGCUGUCGCGGGAAAGCAAAAUUCAACAGUCGAGACAGCAGCAGAACGCAAUUUGUUCGUCGAAUUCGUUCUGUUCGUUACAUCGUGGGGACGCGAUGACGCGCACCAUGAUUGUAUCGGUACGAAGGACCAUGCAAUUCUAGUCAUGCGAGAAUACCUGCAUGCGCCGAGAGAACAUCGAUCUUAUGUGCACCCUGGCUGACUAUUUUGUCGGAACCUCCAAGAUUUCUCUCGCUUCGACGAUGUCACUUCGCCAGAUUCGGCAAAUUUCGCACGAUGCGGAUACAUCGAGUUGCGUAGCGUAUCUCAGAGAAAUCGGUAACGCGAGAAAGUGUAAAAGAAAUUGCUCAUCCUUUUUCUUUAAAGGCGUGUGAGAAGCUUCGCGUUCCAUUAUCGCAUCGCGUUACAUACGGAGAAGUACGGACAACUGUUGUUGAAAGAAAAGAGAGGGAAUUUGUUUUGCGUGAGAAAAGAGCGUCAGCUGCUUUUCUUUUUUACAGGAUAAUUUGUAACGGAAAAAGAAUUUGAAUAACAUUUCAUUGCGCGAGCCAAGAUUCUAAUUUUAUUGAACGGGAACGAUGCGAACACACAGCGUUUAGCAUAAAUGUACAUAUAAAAGUGUAAAGAUUAGUAUUGUGUAUAGCAUAGGGAAUAAUUAUAUAUAUAUAUAUAUACACAAUAUAUAUUUAUGUAUGCAUGUAGUUAAUUAAUGUUUAAGAGGGAUAUAUCGAUGUUGUCAUAUUUUUAAAAUGGCCAGACUAAUUUUAAUGGUAAAACAUAUAUACAUACAUACAUUACGCUGAACGCAAAAACUCAGGAAUUUACUCUGAUUGUUAUCGCAUAAAUUGCAGAUGAAUGUGAUGUAAAUUUGUUUUUUUUUUUUGUUACAUUGUGUACACACGCAGUCUCGAAGAAUACUCAUAUAUAAUAAAACCGUUUUAAUAUUAACGCUCUGACGAGUUCAUUGUAAACGGCAAGGAGCUGAAUUUGCCUGAUAAAUGUGCUGUAAGAUCAAUUGCUCUCCGAUUUUUCCUACAAACUGUCGUUCAAAAAAGAAAAAAAAUCAUGUGAUCAAGUUGAAUUCGAAGUUUACUACAUGUACGAUGUCGAGCAGUCUGCUUAAAUGAAACACACAUGCCGUAUAUCCAAAUAAUCGGCUAUUAAUAUUCUACUUGUCGCAAAAUUGUAAAUAAUGCAAAGGUCUUAUAUUCUUAGCUGACCGAUUGCUCUAAUUAACAUAUAAGUUUCUGCAACAAGGUUAUAGCAUUUAGUUUUAGUCCAAUUCUUUUAUAAAUAAAUCUGUCGAGUUUUUGUAGCAUCAAUCUACGUCGAGGUCGAUCGUAAAAAAUAAUACAAUGAGUACUUUGUAAAUCCAUCCAUUUGUCAUCAGAUCAGAUGCUACUCGCAACGAUCGUUAAGAAUAUAUGGAAUUUAAUCAAAAUUCAAUAACUUUGUUAAUUUAUUCGUUUACGGAAAACGUCGUUGGGUGUUAUAAAAUAUAUAUACAAUCUGUUACAAUUUUUAUGAUAUUUGAUGCUGAUUGUCUGAAUAAAAUGAUUGGAAUUUUAAGUACAAAA